CGCGUCACCUGCGGCAGUUGGGCCCGUGCGGGGCGAUCGCGCGUAACACCCGCGGCAGUUGGUGACGCGCGCGUUCCGGCGCGCCCCUGGAGCUCGGGCGCGCCCCCGCCCGCCCGGAGCGCCAUCAUGGAGAAGUUGUUGUUCUCGGCCGUUGUGAGCAGCAACUUCCUCGUCGCCUCCGUCCUCUUCGCCCUGAUCAGCCGCGCCCAGCGAGCUCCCUACAUGGACGAAAUAUUUCACGUACCCCAGGCGCAGAAAUACUGCCAGGGGAAAUUCUCGGAGUGGGAUCCAAUGAUCACAACUCUACCUGGUCUCUACUUGGUGUCUACUGGAAUAAUCAAGCCAGUGUCAUGGCUGCUGAGCUGGACAGGAACUGUGGUGUGCUCCACAGGAAUGCUGCGAUUCAUUAAUCUGCUGUUCAAUACUGGGAACCUCUACUUACUUUAUUUGCUUUUGUGCAGGAUACACCAGAAGGACAAGGCUACCUCUGCAUUCCAAAGAAUUGCGUCUGCAUUAGCACUUGCCUCAUUUCCUUUGCUUUACUUUUUCUCAUUCUUGUAUUACACAGAUGCAGGCUCAACGUUCUUUAUCUUAUUUACUUACUUAAUGUGUCUGUAUGGGAGUCAUAAGAUUGCUGCCUGCCUUGGUUUCUGCGCUUUUAUGUUCCGUCAGACUAAUAUAAUAUGGAUUAUAUUCUGUGCGGGAAAUGUUGUUGCACAGAAAAUGACAGAAGCAUGGAAAACUGAUUUGGUCAAGAAGAAGGAUGAAAAGACGGCUUGUAUUAUGCAUCUAACAGAAGAAAUCAAGAAGGUUGUGCAAUUCCUUUUAGCAUAUGUGCUGUCGCUGAAGAAUAUGAAAGCAUUGAUCCUUUUGACCUGGCCAUACAUUACCUUGGUGGUUAGUUUUCUGCUAUUUUUAUUUCUAAAUGGAGGGAUAGUUGUUGGUGACAGGACCAGUCAUGAGAUCUCUCUGAAUUUCCCUCAGUUAUAUUACUUCUUUUCCUUCACACUGGUUUUCUCUGUUUCUCAUCUGGUUUCCUUUCAAAAGAUCCUUUCUUUCUUGGAUUCAGUAAAGAAGCAUGCAUUAUUUUACAUCGGUUUUGGAAUUGUCUCCCUUUUGUUGGUUUGGAAAUUUACUUAUGUCCAUAAGUUCUUGGUGGCAGACAACAGACACUACACAUUUUAUAUUUGGAAAAAUAUCUUUCAGAGGCAUGAAAUAAUCAAGUAUCUGUUGGUCCCAGUGUAUAUCUUUGCUGUUUGGACAUUUGUUGAAACAUUGAAGUGCAAAUCAAUAUUCUGGAUCUUGGCAUAUUUUUUUCUGUUUGGUCACUGCCACAGUUCCUCAAAAACUAUUGGAGUUUCGUUAUUUCAUUGUGCCCUAUUUGAUCUACAGACUCAACAUCCCGAUGCCCUCAAGCUUCAAAAUUAUCGCAGAGCUGGCUCUGUAUUGUUUAGUAAAUGUGUUAACCCUUUAUUUAUUUCUUAAUAAAACCUUUCAGUGGCCAGAUAAGAAAGAAGUUCAAAGAUUUAUGUGGUAAACUAGUGCAUCUUCUUUGUAGAGAGGACGUGAGCCUUGCACGUACUUUAAACCUUCGUAAUCUCUUUAAUAAAUUGGGAAGGACAUGCUGUAUAUAAUUUUUUGUUUUGUGGGUCUUUUUGUAGUUGAUUUGGAUACUUGUAUAUUUGCUGUGAUCAAAUCAUUAUUGCUUUUUGCCAAACUAUUCAUUGUGGUCAUUUCAUUUACUUUAUAUAGUGAAUUUGUUUUCAUCAUCUGUACACUAGUGAUUUCUAAUUGUAAUUGAAAAGUAAGCCAAGUUAUUGACAUUUCUGAAUUAUGGAGAUAUUUAAUGCUGCAAUAUUUUGUCCUCCUUUUGAAGUACAAAAUAGUCUUUUCAAUCUUUAUUGAUGUAAAAAUAUUUCUCAUAUUCAAACUGUGGUGUUUUCUUUUAAUAGUUUUAUUAUAGUCAGAGAAUAUUGAGUUCCAAAAAGAUCUGACAACAUAUGGUUGUCUUUUUUCCAUAUUGAACCAAAAGAAUUUGAGGAUUUGUGUCAGAGAAACUAUUAUUUAUUUCCACAAGUGUAUUCUGGUUGUGUUUGCUGUGAUACCAAGUCUUCAGCAUUGAAUUAUAAAGACAAUAAUUUUGUUUUGCACAUCUUUUAUCUGAAGCAUUUGCUUUCUGAUAAGCAGAAAUAUCAACUUAUCUUCAAUAAUUAGCAUCCCCAGCAGAUCCUCUGUGGCAUUGCUCGCUGAGUUGGAGGUUACUGUGUGUGGGAUGCUGAGGAUAAACAUUACCACGUGGAGAAUUUGGAAAGGUCUCAGAUGUACCAAGGAUAGUAAAGUAUAUUUUUUUUGUUCUUAAAGGGAAUUUGCUUACUUAAACUUCUGCAGGAGCAUAAAUACAAACUGAUGAAAGUACUUGCAUUUUUAUGGAACCAAUCCCAGUGUUUUUUUUCCUCCAUAGUAAUUUAAUUACCUUUUGAAUUUUUCUGCAGGCAAGCAAGCACCUUGCCCAAACAAGAUCCUUCAGACAGUGAAACAAAUGUCCAUUACACUAUCCCAUGCUAUUUAUGGCUUGAGAGUUAACCAGGACAUGGAAUGGUCCUGCUGUCCAUCAAGUAGUCUGAUGGUAUCCUUUAUGAAAGGACAGAUAGCUUAACAUCACUUCUGAAAUUCAGCAUCUCCAUUAAUGCAAGCAUAUCGUUGAAAUGGCAUUAAAGAUCGUACAUGCAGGGUUUGAAUCCAUAACAUUCCAAUUGAAGGAGCAAUGCUGUUAUCAAACAAGGAAUGUUACCACAGUUAUUAUAAAUAAAUGAAUGCAUUUGAUACAGGAACAGGGAAGGGGCAAGGCAGAUCCAGUCACUGUGGUUGCUAAUUCAUUGUCCAGUCAUGCGUAUAGCAAAUGAGAAGCAAAUUUUCAUGACUAUCUUGUGGGCCCCAAGAUUUGGUUUCCUGAUUUCUUUGCAAGUAAUUUUUGAUCCUUGCGUAUGAAGAGUAAUUUUAAAAAUAAGUCAUGCCAUACUUUGUGGAGGGUAAUGUCUUUCAGUUCUGCAAGCAGUAUACAUAUUCGAGAUGAGAUAUGGUGUACUAUUUUGUUAAAUCUUUUCAGAUGAUGGUAAUGAUCCUGGAGAUGCAAUGAAAUCAAUCUCUGGGCUUCACAGAUACAGGCCUCAAUGCAUUGUAUUAGUAAAGACAAUAUGGAUAUACUUUUGUGUCCACAUUCUCUUUUUUGCUCAUUCUCUUAUGCUUUUUUAAUCAUAAACAUCAUUUCUGACAUUAUUUAGCUAGCAAGAG